AAAUGUGAAAAAGAUGCUUAUCCUCCAGAUAAACAUAUGGAAAUUCCAGUUUACAUUGUAGACCUUGAUCUUCCUCCGCUCCAGCGCUGGGCACCACUCAUGAAAGAUAAGGGCCCUCUGCUUGUUGAUUUGGUAGAUGAUGUCAAGAUGCUCAUCACGUCCCUAGUGGGAGAGAGAGUAUUUGAGAUAAUCUUCAAUAGUCUCUCCAAGGUGGCUACCACCCUACCAUAUCCCUUCUAUGAGGAGCUGGUAGGAAUAUCUGCAUUCUCAGAAUUGCCAUUGAGCAUUGUCACAUUGUACAACAUUUUCUAUGAAGCAUUAACACUCUGCACUUCUAUUAUUGCUCAGGAUCCUAAUGGGCAGUUGUAUCAUGGUAGAAAUCUGGAUACUGGAGUAUUUCUGGGAUGGGACAAGAAGAACCACACUUGGAAAGUUGCUGAGAAGUUGAAGCCACUGACAGUUGAGCUGGACUGGAAGAAAAAUGGAUCAACACUCUUCCGUUCUGUGAGCUUCGCUGGAUAUGUUGGUGUGCUGACAGCUGUGAAGCAGGUACUGUGUGGCUAAACAUGUAAUACUGCUUGCUACUGAUAACUUCUAGUGAAUGAACAAA